CCUGUGAGUACUUCCGGCGUUAGCAGCAGCAGCAGUCUGUGCGUGUGUGUUUGGGUUUUUAUUUAUUAGCAUUACAUGUAGAUAAGUCACUGAAUCGCAACACAACAGUGUGUGUUUUUUGUUGGAUACAGACAGAGAGAGGCUGAGCCGCCAUGAAUCCCGUCUUUCGAAAGAUGCAGGUGUCUCUGACACAGCAGGCAUCUGUGUUAAACAAAGCGCUCACCUUAUGCAGGACCAUUCCGUCCAUCCAGCAUCCUGCAUGGGGCACAGCUUCUGCAAAUGAAAGACAGUACCGUGACAUGCCAACCCACGGGAUUGGGAGUUGGAGACAUCUUCUGAGAAGAAGAGUGCAAAGGAAAAAGAAAGACAAGCAUCAGAUGAAACCGCUCGUCGCAGCGACGGACAUAGCGUACGGGACUCUGAAUGUCAAAGUGUCGGGCUAUGACAUGACGGUGGUGGAGCGCUACACUCAGUACAUCCACCACCUCUGCAACAGGCUCAGCAUCAGAGUGGCACUGUGCUAUGCUUUACCAACCGUGACCACAGAGGUCAUGCUAAUGCCGGAGCAAGGCACCAAACUGUACACUGAUGCUGUCCUGAAGACCCACGAGCGAGUCGUCCAGUUGAAAAGCCUGAACACCACACUGUGUCCCGUCUUCAUGGACGUUCUUUUAAAGAACCAACCAGAGGGAGUCCAGCUUUCUGUGAAGGAGGUGAGUUAGAAUGAAAAUGGUUACACUAAAUGGUCAAAUGUAUGUGGACACUGAAACGAUUUCUGAGCAUCUCCAUUCAGAACCAUGUGCACUAAUUGGCUGCUAUAACAUCCUGUACCAUUCUGGGAAGGAACAAAGAACCAUUUCAAUAUUUGUGCAUGUUGCACUAAAUCAUGAAAGACAGGUGUAUCCACAUACGUAUGGCCUUGUAGUGUAUUAAAAACACCAGUGUAAUGCAACAGGAAAAUCAUUUUAUGAAAAUGUAUCGUAACUCAGUGUUUUAGUGUUUCAGUAGUAACCUCCUCACCUCUCUCCUCCCUCUCUCCCUCUCAGCACACGGAGGCUGAUUACAAAGCGCGGUUCAAGGCACGGCCACAGCUGGAGGAGCUGAUGGCUCAGAUAAACCAAUAAAGACCUGUGACAUU